GCCGGCCAGCCACGCAAUGCUGUCUCUCUUGCUGCUCCUCUCAGGGCUGGGCCGGCUGACCUCCGCAGGCCAUCACACUGAAACAUCACUUCUACAAAUUACAGUGCCACAGAAGACUGGGACAAACACCAAUGACGGCGGUGUUUCAGAAACGCAUGUCACCUAUGCCAUCAAAAUUGACAGGAAAACAUACACUCUUCACCUUGAAAAACAGUCAUUUUUAGACUCUCAUUUCCUGGUAUAUUCAUACAACAAGUCAGAGAUAUUGCAUCCAGAUUCUUCAUUUGUAAAGCUAAGUUUUACUUUAUGUUGUGGCCAUUGCUUUUAUCAAGGAUAUGCCACAGAGAUUGCAAAUUCGGUUGUGACACUUAGCACCUGCUCCGGACUCAGGGGAUUAUUGCAGUUGGAGAAUGUCAGUUAUGGAAUUCAACCAUUGGAAUCUUCAGCUACAUAUGAGCAUAUGCUUUAUCAGAUAAAGGAUAAUGAAAUUGAUUUUCCCCCCAUAACAGAAAAUAAUUCUACAACCCAAUUGGCAGAUCAGUCCUACAAAAUUCUUGUGAAAUCAGAAAAAAAUUCUGGUGUGCUGUUAAAAAGAGUUCUGAAAAUACAAGUCAUUAUGGAUAAAGCCUUGUAUGAUUAUAUGGGCUCUGAAGUGGCACUUGCAUCUGAGAAAGUUGUCCAUAUCUUUAGUCUCAUCAACACUAUGUAUUCUCAGCUUAAACUGUUGGUUACAUUAACUUCUCUGGAGCUCUGGUCAGAUCAAAAUAAGAUUUCAACUAAUGGGGAUGCUAAUGAAGUUCUACAAAGAUUUGUGUCAUGGAGAGAAAAAUUUUUAUUUCAAAGGUCCCAUGAUAUGGCAUACUUAUUAAUUUAUAGGGACCAUCCUAAUUAUGUAGGAGCAACAUAUCAUGAAAUGGCAUGCGAUCCAAAGUUUGCUGCAGGAAUUGCUCUGUAUCCAAAGAUGGUAACCUUAGAGGCAUUUUCAGUUGUUUUGGCACAGUUGCUUGGAAUUAACCUGGGAUUAACAUAUAAUAAUGACAUCUACAAUUGUUACUGUCCAGGAACUACAUGCAUAAUGAAUCCUGAAGCAAUACAUUCCCGUGGUGUAAAGUUUUUUAGCAGUUGCAGCAUGGAUCAAUUCAAACAUACAGCUUCACAGCCUGAAUUUGAAUGUCUUCAGAAUCGAACAGUUUCAAAAGUGGUUCCACAAGGAAGAGUUUCAGUUUGUGGCAAUGGAGUUUUGGAACCGCCAGAACAAUGUGACUGUGGUGGGCCAGAGAUGUUUAAUGAUAAACAUCUAUCUGGGCCACCUUCUUCCCAGAUCACAGUGUUUACAACCCAGUUAACUUUCUUGGAUAUCUAUUGUGGAAAGUUAGUUUGUCUCUGGACACGUACAGAAGUAGUGCCGUUUAAAAAUUUUGAUACUCAAUAUACUUUCCUUGGAGGCAUUGUGUGUCUAAGUGCACAUCUAAGAAAUUCGACACCAGUAACUUCCCGAGACGAUUAUACCUAUGUAAAGAAUGGCACUAUGUGUGGUCCAAAUCAGUUUUGUAACAGAGGAUCUUGCAUAGACGUCACUGUCAGCUCAGACGCAACUUGUAUCUCCAAAAUAAAGUGCAAUGGACAUGGGGUUUGCAAUACUCUCCAUAACUGUCACUGUGACGUUGGAUACGCUCCUCCACAAUGUGAACCAAUGCCUUCAUCACCAGGAGGAAGUAUCGAUGACGGGUUUUGGCUUACGUCAGGUAAAAGUACAGACAUGUUGAUAAAACGACAUGGUGCUUCUCGAAAAAAUGGCCUUGUGAUCAGUUUCUAUGUUUUCCUGCCUUUCCUCAUUUUAAUUCCCAUCAUUGCUCUUAAAUGGAAUAAAAUGAAGAUAUUUUGGAACAGAGCGGGUACAGUAAGUGAAGGAUCUCUAUCAGAAGACAGCAGUAGGAACAGUAACAGCAACGAGUCUUACAGUUAAAGAACGGUAACUAAACAAUACCGUCAAAAGCCAUAGCUUGGAGAAAAGAUAUUGCCAAG